AAAAAAGAAAUGUCCUCCUGUACAAACACCACCUGUUUUCUGUGGCUCCACUUCCACUGGACCUUUGCCCACUCCUCCUUACAAAUCACCAACCUUUAUCCCAUCCAAUAAGCAACCAAAUAUAACUAAAAAGCCAAGCCAUCUCCUUCUUUCCCACUCUCUCCUCCAACAAACCGAACUCAAAUAAAUCCCCACAAGCUAAUUAACAAACCCACUAUGCACAAACCAAAAAGUUAGAAGCUUUUCCUAUAAACAGAGUGGAGCUCCUUCUUGAAGCUUUGAUUCCCUGCCUAUUAUUGCUGGGAACUGAAGGGAACAUAUACGCUGCAAGCUACUCCCAAGAUUCAUUAAAGAUUAAAUAAUGGAUCAAUCUCCAAAAGACCCCUACUACAGCGAGAAUACCACCGGAAGGGUUACCUCCACUUCUUCCUCCUCUGCUUCCACCACUACCAGCGUCCACGUGACCGCCCUCGAUGGCCUCGUCAACGUCAACUCCCUUUUCACAAUCGCUGUAUUCGUGGGCCUCUCUCUCACCACCCCAGGCCAGCGCAGCCUCGAGAAUCGCUCUGCCUGCGACGCGGGCAUCGAUGUGGCGAAAAAACUCCUUGUCUUUGAGGUUGUGUCUUUCAGCUUCUUCCUCUUUUCCUCCCUAAUUGCUCAAGGCCUGAAACUUGCUAUUAACUUGUUGAAUAGCAAAGACGUGGAUGAGGCUUUCAGAGCCCACAUCAAUCUAAAGGUAUUGAGAUUUGGGAUGAUGGGUUCUGCGGUGGGGUCGGUGAUGGGUUGCAUCUUCUUGGUGCUUUCAAUGGUGAAUGUGAUUCAGAUUCGGUUGGGGAUGUUGUCAUGUGGAAGCAAGAGUGCGGUUCACGCGGUUACAGCAUUGGUCCUUCUGGUUUCUUCGGCUCUCUUGAUUUAUAUUUCCACUGCCUUUUAUGCUUUUCUGCACUGAUUCUUUCUACAUAUAUAUGGGUUCUCAAGCAUGAACUUAAACCAUGUGUAUAAGGUUGUGGAAAUUGCAUUAUGGUAUGAUCUGUUGGAGGAUAUACUGCACAAUUUGGAUUGUUGGGUAAGCUCAUUGUGGUGGCAUUUUGGGUCUAAUGCUUCGCUGAUAAUCUUUUGGUUAAGAAUUGAUCUAUGCUUCUCUUCUAUAUUAUUUUUCCCGCAAAAAUUUGGGUGUGAUUUGCCAAUGAGUUGGUGUAUGUUGUUUGACUCCGGAAAUUGAUAUAUGUGACUUGGGGGUUUUGUUAGGUAAA